GGUGGCAGCCUUUGAUCUGUGUGGCAAUUUCUUGUGAAGAAAAUAAAAAAAAAACUUUAACAAAAAAAAAACACAUCAGAAACGCAAAAGCUGUUGUUUCAAAUAAAGUCGAAAAUAGGUGUUACAAAUUGUGAUAAAAAUUAGAGAAAUGCUGCCACAUAUAAGUGCUGAAGAGAACAUUCCGCCCAUGGGGCGAAAGGUGUACAUAAAUCCCAAUUUUCAUAACCAAAUGGCCAAUUCACUGCAGUUUCAAGGUCUAUCCAACAAUAAUAACGCGCUACAGUCAUGGGAUCGUCCAGCUAUACAUAUAAAUCCUCAUUUUUUGCAACGCCAGCGGGAAUAUCAGCUGCAACAACUACAACAGCAGCAACAAUUACAACAGCAACAACAACAACAUGUUACGUAUUAUCAGCAAACUGUUGCUGCUGAUUUGACGCCACCUCCAGCUAAAAUCAUAAGCAAAGCUAGCACUUGCCUAGUACGCAAGCAGACUGCCACGCCCACCGUACGCACUCAGCCUCUGAAGACUGUGCCCCCGCCUCCGCCCACCGGAUGCAUUCAGCCGCCCUUGGUUAGCCUAUCAAAGCGAAAGCUUAUCAGACAAGGCGCCAGUACAAUAAAACCAACGACAGUGACAGUGAGAGCCACAAGCGCAGUAGCUCCUCCUGCCAAACGCACCAAGUAUAAGCUGGUGCGUGCCAUCUCUCUAACCUCCAGCAGUAGCACGCCACUGGUAAAGAAACGUCGAACUUUGUUGCACGACUUUGUGGCACGUUACGCUCUUAGACGCACAAAUGACGCAGUAACUGGCAAAAAGUUGAGCUUAAAAUCACCCGUAUUGAAGCCGAGCGUUAACAAAUCUCUCAGCAUGGUCAGCAUACACGGCGUUAUGUACAAGAAGACGGCCAAGAACAAGCUGACCAAGCUGGAUGCAAACAGGUCAUCAACAAAAACAGCUGUGCAGCCGCAACAACCGAAGGCAAACAACUCCACAGGUCGCACGCUGUUCGUACGCGGCACAAAGUUCGUGCUGGAUCCCUCCGGAUGUCGUUUAACCCGUGUGCCUGUCAACACGCCUCAACUGAGCGUAAAUAAAAGCCUACGUCUUCGUAUCGACAUUGGCGGCUUGACAUAUGUAUCUUCGGCAAAGACACAGAAUGUAUUUAUACGCACCUCGAAUCAUGUUUCUCGUGCUCAUCUCAUGACUGCCAAGCAACGUAGUUUACAACUCCUCAAUCGCUCACUUGUUAAGACCAAUGUGCCCUGUGCAAUCUUCCAGCGUCUGGGCAAGUGUGCGGCUUAUAGUCGCGGCAAGUGUCGUCGUUUACAUGAUAAACGCCAGGUGGCCAUCUGUCCAAGUUUUCUGCGUGGUGAAUGCACCAAAUCCGAAUGUCUGCUCUCUCAUAAUGUAACGCUGGAGAAGAUGCCUGUGUGUCGUUACUAUUUACGUGGCGUUUGCGUUCGCGAGGAUUGUCCAUAUCUGCAUAAGAAGCUCAGUUACAAGGCAGAGAUUUGCAUUGACUUUUUACGUGGUUAUUGCGCACGUGCCGCUGAUUGCAAUAUGCGCCAUGAGUUUGUGUGUCCGGAAUUUGCUCGUAGAGGCAAAUGCGAGCUGUCCAACUGCAUCUACUGCAAGCAAAUGAAACAACAAAAGGUGAUUGCACCAAAAAGCAAAUCUCAAUCUAGACUCAAGACCAAAGUGUCCAUCUGCAAGAUGUCAGUUGCUAAAAAUGGAAACACUGAAGAGACGCCCAGCAGUUCACGCUACUUUAAGUGUGAAAGUGAUAAGUAUGGUCCCCUACCUGAUGAUCGGCAGGAGGAUCACUUGGAGGAGGAAACGUUGGAUGAAGAGACAGCAUCAGGCAGCAGCGGUCCGCGACAGCGCAUCAAACUUGGCACGCUGCCUGCAUUUAUACCGCUGGGUGAAAGCGAGGAUUGAGCAGUAAUUCAUGUGACUGACUUGGACAAAUGUUUCAGGUACAAAUUAAUCCAUUAAGUAUGUAAUUUAGUUUUGCGUAAGUUUUAAUUUCCUUAGUACCUAGGUUCAAAUACUUUCAAUAAAGAUUCGCUAUAUUCAAAA